CGCCCCCUCCGCCUCAGCAGGGGGAGGAGGGAGGCGAAGAGCAAAUGGAGGCUGAGUCCACGGCACCGGGAGCCGCCUGAUGAGCGCCGCGGCCCGCUAGCUGAGGGGGGGCGGCAGGAAAUCCAAACCUUGUGAUGCAAACGAGGGAAGCAAAUCCAUUUGUUUGGCAGAUAUUACCAUUUCACCACCUAAAAAAUGAAACCAAACCCAAAGCUGUGAUUAAGAAGAAUGGGUCCUGAUGUUCCUUUACUAAAUGAUUACAAGCAGGAAUUCUUCUGGAAACGUUUUCCCCAAACGGUCCUUGGCGGUCCUCGAUUUAAGUUGGGUUACAGUGCCCCUCCUUACAUAUACAUCAACCAAGUAAUCUUGUUUCUGACACCAUGGGUCCUGGGCAGUGUGGGCACUGUGCUGUACGAAGUCAACAUCUUAGAGGAUUACUAUGCCGCCACGCUCUCGGCAGGACUGAUUCUCAUCGCCUCCUUUGUCGUUCAGCUUUUGAAUCGAUACGCCCGCAGGAAGACUUCCACCGUAGAAAGACUUCAGAACCAAAACGCCCUCACAGAUGAAGAUGACUUUGACUUUUCCAGCUGCCUUGGCACAGAGACUGUGAAAUUCAUAAUACCGGGCAAGAAGUAUAUAGCAAACCUGAUAUUUCAUUCCAUCCUUGCUGGACUUCUGUGUGGACUGGGGACAUGGUACUUGAUGCCGUAUAGGAUCGGUUUGCUGUAUGGAAACACGGGAGCAACAGUCAUGAUCUUUAUUUUCGGCUGGGUAACGGUUUGCAUAGGAGAAUAUUCUUUAAUCAUCAAUUCAGCCACCGAGACGGCUACUUUUCAUGCACAAGACACUUAUGAAAUCACCCCCCUUCUGAGACCGGUCUAUAUAUUUGCUUUUAUUGCUGUUGAUCUUGCAUACAGAUUUAUCACAACCAAUCCAGCUUUAGUUUUGGCCAACAAAGUCCUACACGUCGUCUUUUUGUUUCUGCCCUUUCUUUGGGCUCUGGGUAUCCUACCACCUCUUGAUGCCCUUGUUCUUUGGGGAAUGGAGCAGAUACUGGAAUUUAUAUUGGGAGGGUCACCAAUGUCCAGUAACUUAAGGUUGCUGGUCAUGUUUGUGAUAUCAGUUGGGACAACCGUAUCGGCGUAUUUCAUUCCAAACUCCAUCGGCCUGGUUCUGUUCAUUGCUGGACUUGGUUUUAUUCUCAGUCUCAAUUUAACCGAGAUUGGACUUGUUCUCAAACAUCAUGUGAGGAAAUCCACAAAUAACUGUGAUCCCUUCUUCUGGAGGAUGACCUGGAAGGAACCCGUGAUGUACUGCGUCAUUCUUCUAUUGGUUCUGCUGGAGUCCAGCUUGUUACAUCACUACUGUUAUUCUAACUUCUCCUUACAGAGUCCUCAGGCCAUUGUCGGAUAUUGUCUCAUUAUACUUUUAGCUUUUUUAUGGAUUCUCAAAGAAAUUCAAGGUGCUUAUAUAUUGGGGAUUGUCAGGAAUCCCUUUUUCCAAAAUGACACCCGGAUGCUAAACGUCUUCAUGAAAAAACAAAGCCGAUUACAAAAAGCAGCUCUUGUGAGGAGAAUUUUGCUCAUGCUGGUCUCCCCUUUUGCAAUGGUAGCUUACCUGUCUUUGGACACAUCACUGUAUAACCUGCACUCGGUGUCAGUCUGCAUUGGCUUCACAAGGGCUUACAGGAUGAUCUGGCAGAAUACAGAGAAUGCCAUGCUUGAGAUGGUCGUUGUGUCUAUUGUACAACUGUUGGUGUUUAACACAAAUGUGUGGUGGAACGUGGGGCUGGAUACUGGCAUACGACUAAUUUUGGUUGCUAUAAUACGUGACCGACUAUGUCAGCUCGUCUCCAAGCUGCAGUUUGCAUUGACCGUUCUGCUGACGUCCUGGACGGAGAAGAAACAAAGGCGGAAAUCGACGAGCAGUCUGAUCACAGUGAACAUCAUCUUCUUCCCCGUGGUGCUGACCUUCAUUAUCCUCUCUGCUCUGCUCUCCUCACCUUUACUGGCACUUUUCACUUUGCCCGUCUUCCUGGUUGGAUUCCCUCGACCUAUCCGCAGUUGGCCGGGAGCUGUAGGCGCUGCAGCUUGUGUCUGUGCCGAUACAGUCUAUUACCAGCAAAUGGUUCCAGGCUUUGCUGCCGCACUGCAAUCUGCGUUUGCUUCAGGUAGUCUCGGUCUUGUUACUCCGGGAUCACAUUUCCUUUGCCGUUUUCAGGACCGACUAAUAUGGCUGCUAAUACUUGAAAGAGGCUACAGUUAUUGCUGCAUAAACAUAAAGGGACUGGAGUUACAGGAGACCUCCUGCCAUACAGCCGAAGCUCGGAGAGUAGAUGAAGUAUUUGAAAUGGCAUUUGAACAAGCAGAAAAUUCUGGUCGACUGGUCCUGAAUAAUCAUUUUGGGAACGUCUUAACCCCGUGUACUGUUGUUCCGGUCAGAGUGUAUUCCGACGCCAGGAACGUCUUGUCCGGGAUAAUCGACUCGCAUGACAACUUGAAACAAUUCAAAGAGGAUUUUGUUAAAGUGCUGCUAUGGGUGCUGAUGCAGACCUGCUAUAAAAAGUCCGGAGCACAAGCAAACAUUGAUGCAGAACAAAAGGAAUCUGAUGUUACGGUCCUGCCCGAAAAACACCAUGGAUCUCUGGGCCCAGCAGAGCAUAAUGAAUCCUCAAAGGAUGUAGAAAGUUAUAAUGAUGAUGUAGCUGAUGAGUGGUCUGACGACGACAUAUUUGAAAUUCUUCCCCAUCCAAAGAAAACCAGAGAUAACCCAGCAAUGGCUGCUACUGGUGAAGGAUUCUCCAUCCCGGGCAGUGUGCAGACAGUACAUGUUGACUCCUACGUAGAGCAAGAUGUAGCAGUGGAUAAACUUUACUCGGUGGUGGGUUUUGGUCUUCCCGCCACUAACAAAGGAAACACGACUCAUGUCGAACGUUUCAAAAUGGUGGAAUUUAAUUCCUCGUACUCUAAGUUUCUCACCUUACCUCAGGACUGGAUUUUCGGUUCCUUAAUGGGUGUGAAAAUGAGCGAGAUGAAGCAGAUGUUUCCAACAGACUGGUAUGAAUUUGUUUUGACGCAGUUAGAUUUCCACCAUGUCAGUGAAAAACCUUCCGUUUUGCUUGAAGAAGGACUAAGAGACCGGUCGCUAAAGGAACAAUAUAUUAAAGGACUGACCUCUAUUUAUUUUGCGUUCUUUGGUAUGGAAAACUCUUCUCCCAGUUCCGCUUGGCUCUUCAGAGCUUAUUUGGGUGGAAUACCUUGGUCAGUUUCGUUAGACUGGCUAACUGGAAAUCCAGAACUGUUUCAACUUGCACUCAAGGCAUUUAGAUAUACCUUCAAGCUCAUGGUUGAUAAAGCAAGUUUGGGACCUGUUGAAGAUUUCAAAGAACUGCUCAAUUAUCUUGAAGAGUAUGAUAACGACUGGUACAUUGGUCUGGUGUCAGACUCAGAGUGGCAGCAAGCAGUUCUGCAAGAGAAACCAUAUCUUUUCUCCUUGGGUCAUGAUCCAAACAUGGGCGUAUACACUGGCAGAGUGCUCACCUUACAAGAACAGCUGGUGCAGAUUGGAAAACUAAAUGCAGAAGCUGUUCGAGGGCAGUGGGCAAAUCUGUCCUGGGAAUUGUUGUACGCCACCAACGAUGACGAAGAACGCUACAGUAUACAAGCCCACCCCGUGCUACUACGUAACCUAACAGUGCAGGCAGUAGACCCACCUCUUGGAUACCCUAUUUAUUCCUCUGUACCUCUCCAUGUGCCUUUGUAUUAAUCCAUUUGUACUGUGUUUCUGCAUGUUCAGUGGAAAACACUAGUGUAUGACCUAGUAACACAACUCUAGAUGCUGCUGUUUUUUUUUGGCGUUGGUCAUAUUUUAUCUUUAGUAAACUGCACGUACAGAUGUUGUCCCCUCCACAAUUACAUUCACUUUCUUUUAUAUGUCUGAUUUGACAGGUGACCUGAAAUAGAUCAUUGCCUCCUCUGUAAAUACAUGUACACUUUAAAAAAAACAAUGUCUGACCAAAAUGUGUAUAAUGUAUGAUAUUUCUUUUAUAAAUUGUUCAUUUUGAUUGUA